AGUAAAUCCUCGGUCCUGCCUCCCAACUGUAACACUGUCCAGGGAAGGCUUCCAUACUUCUCUCGUUAGUGUGUUUUUAGCCCUUGCCUCGCUCGCUUCCUCUCCCCCUCCGUGCCGCCAUUAAAAGCCCUUCCGCUCGACGAAAAGAGGGUUAAAGAUGAUUUGAAGAGUCCAAGGCGGACAACCGAGGAGGGACGGGGCUCGAGAGAGUGGGUGGAGGCUCUCGCCCUGUGGUUUAUAUGGACCUCCGCCAUCCAACCAAGUCAAUAUGCGGCUAGUGUCGGCUACGUAAGAGAAGCCCGAGUGGCUUCGGCUGGGAGUGGGCUCUCCACGGCCAACGAAACGAGUGCGCCGUUUCCUUCGGAGUGGAUCCGCCGAGCUGAGAACCCCACCGAAAGGCAGCGAGCCUCCUCGGCGAGGGCGCGACGAUGACCGAGCUGGUCGCCAAGUGGGCCUGUGAAUACUGCACCUACGAGAACUGGCAGUCGGCCAUCAAGUGCACCAUGUGCCGCGCGCAGCGGCCCAGCGCAGGCGCCAUCAUCACUGAGGAGCCCUUCAAGAGCGUCCCACCGCUGGACCCCGUCGGCCUCAGCAACAGCCCCACCCAGGGGAGCUCCUCUUUGCUCAUUUGUCCCGACUCCAGCGCACGGCCACGCGUCCGUGCGCCUGACGCCCCAGAGACCAGUUCCAAGUGGUCCUGUCACAUGUGUACCUACCUGAACUGGCCUCGCGCCAUCCGCUGCACUCAGUGCCUGUGUCACAGGCAGCACGCCGGUCAUCAAGGACAGCCACGGAGUCCGACCGAGUCGCCCCAGACCUCAGGCUCCGGGUGCCGCCCGGCGCCCUCCUCCACUGCCACGGACCCCUGCGAGGAAUACAAUGACCGCAAUCGGCUCAACACACACGCGCAGCACUGGACCUGCGCCGCCUGCACUUACGAGAACUGGUCAAAGGCGCCCAAGUGUGUCGUGUGCGACCACCCGCGGCCCGGACGCGGCCCGCUAGCCGAACCCAUCGAACUGGCGUCCGAGCCCGAACGGCAGCAGCCGUCCUCCAAGUUUAUCGACGCCGAUAUAGGAAACUGGCGGGGCUGCAGCACGGGGAGCCAGGGCGGACAGGGAGUCGGCGGCGGCGUGGUGGGUUUGGGCGGGGGCUGCAGCAGCAGCCAGAGGAGGUCGCCGCCAUCCUCCAAACGCGAGUCGGAGGUGAACAUGGACUUUCAGAGGAUCGAGGUGGCGUCGGGGGCCGGGGUCGGCAGUCAGGAGGAGCUGCAGGUGGAUUUCAAAAAGCUCAAGCAGAUCAAGAACCGAAUGAGGAGGACGGAUUGGCUGUUCCUCAACGCCUGUGUCGGCGUGGUGGAGGGCGACCUGGCGGCCGUAGAGGCCUACAAGACGUCGGGCGGCGACAUCGCCAGGCAGCUGUCGUCCGACGAGGUGCACCUGCUCAACCGUCCGUCGGCGUUCGACGUAGGCUUCACGCUGGUGCACCUCGCCAUCCGCUUCCAGAGGCAGGACAUGCUGGCCGUGCUGCUCACCGAGGUGUCCCAACAGGCGGCCAAGUGCAUCCCGGCGAUGGUGUGUCCCGAGCUGACGGAGCAGAUCCGCCGCGAGGUGGCCGCCUCCCUCCACCAACGCAAGGGGGACUUCACCUGCUACUUCCUCACGGACCUGGUCACCUUCACCUUGCCAGCAGAUAUUGAGGAUUUACCCCCAGCCGUUCAGGAAAAGCUUUUUGACGAGGUUUUGGACCGAGAUGUGCAAAAAGAGCUGGAGGAGGAGUCUCCCAUCAUCAACUGGUCGUUGGAGCUCGGGACCCGGCUGGACAGCCGUCUGUACGCCUUGUGGAAUCGCACGGCCGGCGACUGCCUGCUGGACUCGGUACUGCAGGCCACUUGGGGCAUCUACGACAAGGACUCGGUCCUGCGCAAGACGCUCCACGACAGCCUGCACGACUGCUCACACUGGUUCUACACGCGUUGGAAGGAGUGGGAGUCGUGGUAUUCGCAAAGCUUCGGCCUGCACUUUUCUCUGCGGGAGGAACAAUGGCAGGAGGACUGGGCCUUCAUCUUGUCACUGGCCAGUCAGCCCGGAUCCAGCUUGGAGCAGACUCACAUUUUCGUUCUUGCACACAUACUUCGGAGGCCCAUCAUCGUCUACGGAGUGAAGUACUACAAAAGUUUCCGUGGGGAAACGCUAGGGUUCACUCGCUUUCAAGGCGUGUACUUGCCCCUGCUGUGGGAGCAGAGCUUCUGCUGGAAGAGCCCCAUCGCGCUGGGCUACACGCGCGGCCACUUCUCCGCCCUGGUGGCCAUGGAGAACGACGGCUUCGACAAUCGCGGCGCCGGCGCCAACCUCAACACAGACGACGACGUCAACGUCACCUUCCUGCCGCUCGUCGACAGCGACCGCAAGCUGCUGCACAUCCACUUCCUCUCGGCGCAAGAAAUGGGCAACGAGGAGCAGCAGGAGAAGCUGCUGCGCUCGUGGCUGGACUGCUGCGUGACGGAAGGCGGCGUGCUGGUGGCCCUGCAGAAGAGCUCACGCCGACGCAACCACCCGCUCGUCACGCAGAUGGUGGAGAAGUGGCUGGACGGCUAUCGGCAGAUACGGGCCUGCGCCGCGCUGUCAGACGGCGAGGAGGAGGAGGAGGACGAGGACGAGUGAGUCCUCGCUGACCGCUCGAGACUUUGGGACAAACUGACCCGCGCGGAAAAUGAAAAGGUUUACAAAUUCCAAACCACCUUUUGUUUCUCCAAUGUGACGCCACAAGUGGAAUUCCCACAUGUAAAUGCAGGAGUGGGAAGCCCUUUGAAGCAUUCAGUCCACGUCCUUCGGCUUCUUCUCUCUAGUAAGAAGACCCACAUCUUACUAGUUUCUGGCACUGCUCAUCGCCACCUUUGGGUUUGACCUUCACAUUUUUCUUACUAGUAGCACUUUUGGGCCGGCCCAAAGCCACUUGAGCAUUUAUUUGUUGUCCAACUUAAGGUCCUUGUACUAAGUACGCGUUUUGCUCCAACUAAUGUUUUAUCCACUACUAGUGCCACUUUUGGUCUAGGGGGUUUGGAUGUGAAAGUAUACGCCUUAGUUUAUAGCUGCAGUUCAUAUAAAAUACAACUCAGUUCAAGGUCCUUGUAUGGCUAUCCGCUUUGUCAUCACUAGUGAGAAUUCAAUACACUAGCAGAAUUCUUUUCGGGUUCAAUUGUGCGCCAGCCGGUAGGCCAAAAGGUGCUACUGGCUGUACUCACGGACCUUAUUCUGGAUAUGGAAUGAACGCUCAAAGGGUUUUCCAUAAUUAUGCAUGUGGUUGUUGAAAAGAAAACGACUUCUAUUCGAACAUGAACUCUACCAGCAUUUAUGUGUUCAGUACCAAAAGUAAGCACAUUAUUUCCUAUUUGGGUUUUGAGAAAUAUGCGGGGGGGGAAAAAUGGACAAAGCCAUUGUUGUGUUUAGAAGUUCUAAUGAAGCACUGCACAUUUGUGACAACAUUUCUAUAUGAAUAUGAUCGCUUGAAUGUGGUCAAGGAUGCUCUUGGGAAAAAAAAAAGGGGAGGAAGAUGUUCCCUUUAAUAAGUGGACUCACACUAUAGAAGUUUGCUUUUGUUUUUAGUCAACAUAUUUAUUAUGAUUGUAUAUGGAAGCUCAUAAUCUGUAUAUUUUUCAGCUUUUUGGGGGCUUGAUGAAGAAGCGACAUUUCGAUUUUACCGGUGGUUUAAAUUUUUCGGUAGUACCUCAAGGGGACGUCUACAACCUGGUGCUUGUUUUUCUUAUUUUUCAUUGCGUGUCCCAUCACGUCAGCUUUUAGCGUACCCAGGUCACCUUCACGCACCUCGUUUGUGUGGUCAAGCGUCUCAUCGUCAUGGCAACGACAUCAAAACCAAAGCAGAUGGGGAAUUCACUUCUAUGUUUUUGUUUCUCGAUUUGAGUGUCCACAGCUCAUGUGUUGUUUGCUAUUGAUGCAAUAGCAGGUGGUCACCUUACAUACCUGCAAAAGUGUAACACAAACAAGUGAGCAAAAAAUCAACAACCAGAGAAAUAAACACAUUUUUCAAUGUU